GCCUCCAGUCAACUAAAAUUGAACUCGAGAGAAGAGCCAGUGCAGAGCAGCAGCCGUGAUUAUAAAGCAUCAUAAACACGCUCUCCUGUUCAUCCUCAUAAUCAUCAUCAUCAUCAUGUCUGAACGCAUCGGUUUCAUCACGCGCGUGCAAACCUUCAGCGCCUGUCAUCGCUUACACAGCAAAUCAUUAAGUGAUGAAGAGAACAAAACAAUAUUUGGAAAAUGCAACAAUCCUAAUGGCCACGGUCAUAACUACACAGUUGAAGUGACGGUUCGUGGAAAGAUUGACAGAAGCACAGGAAUGGUAAUGAACCUUACCGAUCUGAAGGAGUAUAUUGAGGAGGCCAUCAUGAAACCUCUUGACCACAAGAACCUGGAUCUGGACGUGCCGUAUUUUGCCGAUGUCGUCAGCACCACGGAAAACCUGUCAGUGUUUAUCUGGGACAGUAUGGUGAAGAUUCUCCCGCCCGACAGCCUCUAUGAGAUCAAAAUAUAUGAGACGGACAAAAAUAUUGUGAUAUACAGAGGAGAGUAGCGUAUGAGGUGCUUGCCUCCGACUGAUUUCAAGAAAGUAUAUUAAGUGAGAGCGUCGCCUGCUGUGUUUCACUACACUAUGGGAUUAAUGUAAGUCACUGGGAAUUUGGCUCGGCUGUCCGGCAUGUGAGAUUGAUCCUAUUACACACCGAGAUUACACACACACACACACACACAAUCUUUUUUCAAAUUAAUUAACAGCCUUCCUCUCAGCGCCUGACUUCUAUAUGGACCCAUAUUUAUCCUCAAAGUAAGCCUGCGCGAACAAAAAAAAGUUAUGAUAUUUUCAGUACUAGUUUCAAUGCAUUUUAAUUGUAUAUGCUUUCAUUUCAUUUGUGCUUCCGAUAGAUGGCGCCACAAGCGUGUCAGAUUUUAUCCCAAUAAAGUUUACCAUCAAAACCUGUA